CACUUGCUCCCCGUCCCGAUUUCAGGGUAGCCCGGGCCGUACCACUGGAUGAUGCAGCUGGCACGGCAUCUUUGCUGUAAUGCUUCUCUCAGUUAUUGGUGAUAAUCUCACUCACUGACUAACUGACGCUAAUUACCUGUCUCUCCAUACGCUACUUCGGUCAUGAAGGCAGGUGCAUAUCGAAUUAUUGUCGUUAUAAGUGACGUUGACUGCUCUGCAUACCCUCGCUAUUCCAGUAUUCAACUUGCAUCAGCUCUUCUAUCUAUCCCUAUCUAUCCGCCUUCUACGAUCUAUUGCUCCAUUAGAAGAUGAUCGUCUCAUGAGAGCAACCGUUAUCUAGUUGCGAGAUUAUUGUGUUAACCUAGUGGUUGCAGCAACCCUUGCCCUCCAAUCGAGCUAUCUGUUUCAGACUCGUGCCCGGAUACAUACCAAAUGGGCUCAAAGGAUAGACGCAAGAAGUCCAUAGAUGGAAUUCUUAAGGUAGUUGUUGCUAACUGGAGAGAGAGUAAUGGGCAAUACUAUCUUCUCGAAGCUGUUAAUGGCGGCUUAGUAGAGACAGCUGAUGGGCUCAUAUCUCAGGCAGGUCUCUCAUCUGCUGUCUGGGAGAUUGGCUCAGGCAAUCUGGAAGGUCAUCGGACGAUUCCCGUCACGACUGGACUGAUCUUCUUGAAUUGAAGCUCUCCAGCGUAGGAUUUCAACUUGACUACAACCAUGUUGCGUGGCAGAAGUCUUUAGAUUUGACCCAUUUUGAUGUUCAUGAGCUUAGUGAUGCUUUGUGAUACAUAUACCCCUUCAUGUCUACCCACUCCUAGUCCGUUUAGGCCCGGCUGACGUGUUACUGACUAAGAAAGUGC